AUGGCUGAUAAGCAACUGAUCUUCACAACAGGCCACAAGAUGCCAAUGGCCUCUAAAAUGGCUGAGAAAGAGUAUUGUCAAUUCCAUAAUUCGUGGAGCCAUUCCACUAACAAUUGUGUAGUUUUUCACAAUAUUGUGCAGAAAGCAGUUGAAGAUGGCAGGCUGAAGUUUCCAGAAAAAUCAGAGGUGAUGGGUGUUGAUGGAAAUCCUUUCCCUAAGGUUGUUGCAACAAAUGUUGCUUCUAUAGUCUCGAAACACCCCAAAAAGAAGGUUGACUUGAUAGAUCCAGCAACCAGUGGAAAGCUGGAAAUUCCUAAACCGGCAGCAUCCAUGGAGAAAAUAGUGGCUGAGUUGGAUAGGCAACUCCGAGAGGCUCAGAUUGCCUUAAUCUAG